AUGAUGUUGAUCAUCAACUUGGUGGCACUCCUUGCUCUGUACACCCCAAGCCACGCUCAUUCUUGGGUGGAAGAGCUCACGCUCAUUGCUCCAAAUGGAACAUUUGUCGGUACUCCAGGAUACCCACGAGGCAAUUACCUGCGCACGACAUCUGGAUUCAGCGACACCACAAUGACCUACUUGGUUCCACCCAACACAAGAGCAAAUGUGACUCAGAUUCUGCCAAUUGACAAGAUGUGCAAGGACACUCAGCAGGAUCAAACCCAGUCUGAUGGAAGUCCCCGACUUGAAGCUGGCGCUGGCGCCGCGAUUGCCCUGCGCUUCCAAGAAAACGGCCAUGUGACACUCCCUCAAAACCAACCCGGAAAGCCCGCGAACCGAGGAUUUGUUUAUGUUUAUGGCACCACACAGCCCAAGGUGGGCGAAAAGUUCCUUGAUGUCCAUGGAGCUUGGACUCAAGAUGGAACUGGAGGAGACGGACGGGGUGUACUUCUGUCAGUGCAGAACUUCGACGAUGGUCGUUGCUACCAAAUCAACGGAGGCGAGAUCUCGGGGACCCGACAAGCAAAAUAUACCCACACAGCAAGCCAGCUGAUGGGAGCAGACCUCUGGUGCCAGCAGGAUAUUCAGUUGCCUUCCAAUGCUCCUAGUGGGAAGCCUUACACACUCUAUUGGGUGUGGGACUGGCCCACUGCUGCGGGCGUUGAUCCCACUUAUCCCAACGGAAAAGCUGAGAUCUACACCACUUGCAUGGAAGUUGAUGUGGUGAACAAAAUCAACAAGCAAGCAACGAAGGGCGAAUUUGAAAGUGAGCAAGAUCUCAACAAAGCUGCGAUACCCUCGCAGUUCAACGCACUCUACGGUCCCCAAUCCUCUCCAUCUAGGACCACUUUCAUCACAUCGCUAGCUGCAACAGGGGCUGCAACAGGGACUGCCCCCCAAACACUCACCGUGACAGAUUGGGUGACCAGAACAAGCACGGUAUUUAUGUUCGGAAGCCAGCCCACGUGA